GUAGUGUAUCAAAGAAAACUUGAGAACAAGCGCAAGGUAGAGUUGAGCAUUUUUAUCAAAAAAGUGGCCCAAAUUUUACCCUAAUUCAAUAUAUAAAAGUCUCUACAUUUUAUAGUUUAAUAUUGUUCGAUAAAAUGUUGGGCCCUAUAUGGGUUCAGGUAAGGGUUUCCAUUAUUCCCAAAAAAAAUCCGUUUUGAAAAUGGAAUGUUCAGGCAAUUUGUUCUAUAAAGUGGAAUUCUGAAUGAAAUGGAAACCGGAAUUUUUCCAGUUUACGUUAAGUAACCGGAAUUCUGGUGGAAACCCUUGUUCAGACGCUAAUUAGAAAUGUUUGAUGUAAAACAUCAAGCUAACAUUGUAAAACGUAAUAAGGACUCAAUGUAAACAUUACUUUUACAGAGUAAUGUUGAUAUAAAUUAGAGCGAGGAGUUGGUUGACAUUAAUAUAUUGGUAUUUUUAUACAUUGUACUCUUUGCUUAGAGGGUGUGUCAUUCUAGUUUAGUAGUUGUAAACCCAGGCUAGUGUAAGCAUGAUAUUCUUUUAUAUUUUUCUUCUUCUUUUUCCACAUCAAAUAUGUCAGGCUGAGGUGAAUAGUAACAUGGAAGGGAAGCUGCUCAAUGACCUACUCAAGGAUUAUAACAAAAUGUCCAGACCAGUGAAGAAUUUAUCAUCACCAUUAGAAGUAACAAUCAAUAUUGGGACAUUUGAAUCCUUUGAUUUGGAUGAGAUAAGUCAGACCAUCAGUGUUCUACUGUAUAUAACUGUCUCAUGGGUUGAUAAAUUUCUAACCUGGAAUCCAGAGGAGUAUUCUGGUAUUAACCAAACCAGGCUUCCUGCUGGGCAAAUCUGGAUUCCAGAUUUACAACUGCAACACACACCUAUAGGAUCUGGAAUGCUAUCCACAGAGUCCAAUGCAAUACUUGAUAGUUCAGGAUUAGUUAAACACACACCACCAGGAACGAUUAAAACCAUUUGUCAAGAAAUGGACUUGUAUAAGUUUCCAUAUGAUACCCAAACCUGCACUAUUGAACAUCUUUCUUUUACCCAUCCUUCAAAUGAACUUUUCUUGCGUCUAGGGGACUUCACACUCGACCAAAAUACAUUUCAGAGUCAGGAGUGGCAGUUACUGAAUGUGACUUCUCGCAUUGAAAUCAAUUACUACGGUGGUCCUUAUCCAUUUCAAAAACACAUAAUUUGUCUGAUGGUAAAAAGAAUACCAAAUUACUACAUUUCCAACAUGAUUUACCCUUAUGCAGUAUUGGCUAGUGUUGCUGGUCUUGGAUUCACCCUUCCCCCCGAUUCUGCAGAUAAGCUCUCCCUCGGUGUCAGUGUUCUCCUGUCCACAACCUUCUAUGCUGGAAUGGUGGCUGAUAUUGUUCCUGUUACAACAUCCAUGCCAUUCCUAGGAUUAUACUGUUUGGUUAUGAUGAGUUUGGUAGCAUUUAGUGUUGUCUCAACCCUUGCUGUUAUCAAUCUUCAUAACAGAGGUGAGGCAAAGAUGUCAUAUCUACAGAAAACUAUAUUUCUAAAGUUUCUGCCUAGCCUUCUUUUCAUGGAAAAAAAGUCAAAACCAAGUCAAGUUCAAAGAAAUACCAAUCACAAGGGGAAAGUUCAGGUUGAGACUCUGAAUGAUUCUUCAAAAGAGGUUGAACAGGAACAAGCAAAGGACUGGAAGUUUGCAGCAAAGGUUUUGAAUGAGUUCUGCAUGAUCAUAUUCUCAGCUGGGUUCUUCAUUAUUUUUGCUUACACUAUUUUUUUUUUGUAGAUAUAAAAUAACAGACAAAAUAAACCAUAACAG